CGCCCAUUUUCUGUUAUGCCCCUCGCUUUGAGAGCUUCUGCUUCUUCUCCUUCUGCCCCAGUUCCACCACUACACUUCUUCUUUCUUAGAGGCUUCUGCUUAAUUCCAACCAAAAAUUCAUAUUCAACUGCAUACUUUAAUUAUUGAAUGCAUUCCUUAUUCCUGAAAAUUCUGAUAUACAGUCUGAUGCAAUGCGUCCUGGGUCAGGCAGAAUUCUGGGAUUACGAUGAGAAUGUGACACAGAUCGAGGAGGAUUUUAAGAUUGACGAUGUGACAAGGAUUCUCAAAAGAGUUGGGAAUUAUAAUAGGAAUGCAUAUCCAUUGUUAGACCAAGACCUCGCCACCCACGUUGACAUCCAAAUGUACAUUGAAGGAAUGUCCUCAUUCCAUGCUCAGUCAAUGGAUUUCCAAGUGGAUAUUUAUUUCCAAGAGAAAUGGGUCGAUCAUCGACUUCAACACAAUAACACCAAACGAAUACUUGUGAAAGAUCCCAAAUUGUUCGGUCUUCUUUGGCAUCCGGAUCUCUAUUUUGCCAACGCGCGAACCGCCAGCUUUCAUGACGUCACUCAACCCAACUUUCUCGUUUGGAUAUAUCCAAAUGGAACUGUGUGGUAUGAUUGUAGAAUAUCCCUUACAGUUCUGUGUAUGCAAGAUUUGGCUAGAUACCCGUUGGACUCACAAAAUUGUGGACUUCGAAUAUUGAGUUAUGCUUACGACGAAGAGCAACUAAUAAUUCGCUGGAAUGGAGGUAAUCCCGUUGAAGUGAACCGUGGUAUUCGAAUGCCUGACAUGCACCUGAAGCACAUUAAAUUCUACACAAAACGAGAUAAAUACGCGACUGGAAUAUGGUCUUCUGCAGUCGCUGAAUUCCACGUGGAUCGAGAGAUCACGCACCAUAUUAUUCAAUCAUACAUCCCAACGUCACUAAUUGUGAUUAUCAGUUGGUUUAGUUUUUGGUUGGAUGUUGAAGCUGUUCCUGGAAGGGUUUCACUCUCGAUUACAACACUUUUGACGUUAGCUACACAGUCGAGUGCAGCUAGGAUGGCUCUUCCACAGGCAUCGGAUGUGAAAGCAAUUGACGUUUGGAUGGGUACCUGCAUGGCAUUCGUUUUCUCAGCAAUGAUAGAGUUCACCGUUGUCAACUAUUGUGUGCGACGAAAAGUUCGCACGAAGAUAAAACCACGUGGGCUCUCGGAGCAAGUACAUGACAUGGUGGCGCAGUACAGGGAGAAAAAGGAUAAGUUCAACAAUGGAAACUGUGAGAUCAGCUACGAAAUGGCUCUGCAACCGAACGAGGACAACGCGACAGUUCAACGAAAUUUCGAGAAAAAAGAAGUGCGUGAGAUGAAUCAGGCGUCACUUUUUGUCCGGCGAUCACUACUUCCGACUUCGAAACGGAAGACCAUUGAAGACAGAAUAAACCGAGUCGAGGAGAACCGAAAGAAUGCACAAAAAAUCGAUCGUUACAGCCGGGCACUAUUCCCACUGGCUUUUAUCAUUUUCAAUAUUUUCUAUUGGAUUUAUUAUUUAAAAUAUGCUGGCAGCAAUUCCCCUGAACUUUUGCUUUAAAGUUUCCAUCUUGUUAGCCGACAAUUGACUCGCUUCUAUAAUCGCUUUGUACACUUUUUUGUUUUGUUGAUCUUUUUUUUCUUUUUGGGUAAUAUUACAGGUCACUUCUCAACAUAUUGUUUUGAAUUUUAUCAUUUUUUAUCAGUAAUAAAAUUUGUGAAUAUUA